AUGCCCGCCUUUGAAUCUAUUGAAGAUCCCGAAGAGGUUCGACCUCUGAUGAGGCUUCCUUUUCCUCCAGUCCAAAAAUCGCAAAUCCUUCACUGCUCUUAUGAUUAUUGGCACCAGAAAUACCGAUCCUCAACACUGAAAUCCCGAAUCAUUCCUCUCUCCGCCCCAUUCCUCUCGUACCUUCGCGAAGACGGCAUUGUCCUCCCCCCAGAGACUCAAGCGACGAACUCUAACUACGAGGACAAUACCACAAGUGAAGGCUGGGAUGAUGAUAGUCAAGAUUCAGACCCGUCUCUUAGAUUUUCUGAAAUCCACCAACAAAUCAAAGACACAAUCACCGAGCUUGGUGGCCUCGUGGCCCCUAAACUCAACUGGUCGGCCCCCAAAGAUGCGACAUGGAUCAAUAUGAAAAAGAAUAGCAUGGAAUGUGCGACUGCCAACGAUAUCUACCUCUUAUUCAAGUCCUCAGAUUUUAUAAACCACGAUUUAGAGCACGCGUUUGAUGACUGCGCUGAGGAUGGGCCACAACAGCCGCAACAUAUUAACUACGUUCUAGUUUUAAGGAAAUGGUUCAAAGUCAACCCAUCCUGCGAAUUCCGAUGCUUCGUAAGAGGCAGGAGGUUAAUUGGGAUUUGUCAGAGGGAUCUAAAUCAUUUUGAAUUCUUGUUCCCAUUGAGAGACCAAAUAAGGGACACAAUACAAAGGUAUUUCGACGGCACGUUGAAGGGUACGUUCCCGGAUGAAAAUUUCGCCUUCGAUAUCUAUCUUCCCGAACCAUAUGACCAAGUCAGGCUUGUGGAUAUAAACCCUUGGGCACCACGCACCGAUCCGCUAUUAUUCUCUUGGCUAGAACUUCUUACGAUGCGACUUCCUCCUCCACUUCUGGGUAUCCCGGAUUCGUCCCCAGACCCACCUCUACAGUUCUCUAGCGAUGAGGAUACUCAGGACGAGGGCGUGGAAGAACUAGAGUGGAAGCCGGAGGUUCGACUGGUGAACAAGGAUGACCCAGAGGCAUACAGCUUUGCAAGCCCGCAAUAUAGUGCCCAUAAGUUACCAAAAGAUGUCGUUGAUGCGAGUUUAGGAGGCGAGAGUAGCAUGAUGGAUUUUGCCCGAAAUUGGGAGAAAAUGGUCAAUGGGCAGCUCGACAUGCAACAUGCGAGCGACGACGAAGGCUCCGUCGAAGGCAAUAUCCCAACCACGGAUAUAUAG